UACAACUCCGAAGGUGUUAGUAUACCUCCAAUCCUCCUCCUUCCUUUUUUUUUUCCUCGGGCCUCCGUUCAUUUAUUAAAACUCUCGAGUUUCAGCAACAAUACAUACAUUCUCCAGUAAUCUCCACUCCAAAUAAAGAAGCUCGCAUGGAUUUGGAUCGAAAAUUUUAAGCUUCUCAAAACGGGGAAGGGAAAAUUAACAAAAAAAAAGAAGUAUGGAGCUUGAUUACAAUCCGAGUUACAAAACCAUAAUCAAGAAGAAUAAAUGGGUUUCCACGGCGGCCAGCAUCUGGAUUCAAUCCACCAGUGGCUCAGCGUACACCUUCGCCAUCUACUCUCAAGUCUUGAAAACUAGUCAAGGCUAUAAUCAGUCGACCCUCGACACCAUUUCUGUUUUCAAGGAUUUUGGUGCCAACGUCGGGGUGCUCUCCGGCCUCCUAUACUCCGCCGUUACCAACCCCCGCCGCAGCAGCAGAAUUGGGGGGCCCUGGGUGGUUUUGGCAGCUGGGGCGGCCCUUGUAUUUGUGGGCUACUUCUUCAUGUGGAUGAGUGUUGUGGGGAAUCUGCCGAGGCCGCCGGUGCUGCUCAUGGGCUUGUACAUGUUGUUAGCUUCUAACGCAACGACGUGUUUUAAUACGGCUAAUGUGGUUACUGCUGUUCAUAAUUUUCCUGAUUAUAAAGGGACUGUUGUUGGCAUCAUGAAGUAGUAUGCAAUUUGUGUGUUUGUUACUGGAAUUGGAUUUUUACAAUGAUGGAGUAAGUGAUCAUGAUGCUUUUGUGUCCAAGCUACUGAUGGAUACCUGCCUAAGCUCAUCGAACGGAUUAGGGGCCUUGCUGCUGCUUGUUUCUUAUUAAAAAAAAAAAAUGAGCUUUAUGAAUGCAGUUUGCUGAUAAGUUAACGUUCAAUGUGCUAAUGAAUAUUGUUGUACACACAGAUUGAGAAUAAAGGAUGAUUUGGUAGCCUCUUUUCUGAACCAUCUUUUCUGGCCAUCUCUGGUUUGUGUAAGUAGUCAGCCCUAGUUCCAUAGACGGAUGGAAAGAAAAAUGGUAGAAGGUCUUUGACUUUGAGCCUCGAGGAGAUACAGAGCUUCAAGCCUAUGCCCCAUUACAUCAGGAAUCUAGAAAUGCAGAUUUUAUUCAUAUCUGAGAGUGAUUUUAGAUGCAAAUUUAUGUCCGUAUAUGGCAUAUAAAUCUUAUACUGUUUUAGUUUGUGGAACACUGGUGUAGUUUCCCAUUGCUUAUAUCUGGCCUUGGGAGAUUUUACCAAUACAACUCUCGGUGAAAUGGUUUGUAUCCAAGCUUGUGAUUCCUAAAAUUUGAUGAGAGUAUGCACAAAAUGAACGGACAAAUUGCCAGAGUUACUAAUCUAGCUUGAGUUUGUGUGUUAAGGACCGCAUUUCUAGUUUGAGUUUGUAUUUUAAGCAAACAAAAGAAUAAUUCCCAUGGUAGAUUUAGCUGAUAUGGUGGCAACUACAAGACUAUACAGUGUUUAGAUAAGAAUCGAAGGUAUCUGUCGAUAAUGAAACAUACCAAUGUAUUAAAAGCUAUUUGCAUCAUUCUGUUGAAUGAGACCAGACUGCUUGGGGUGGAGGGAUUUAGCAUUACGCCCUGAAUGCAUGCUUAUAUCGAAUUGGAAAGUCAGUUGCAAAAUUUCAAUUCUGAAGGUACUCAUCCACUGAGGAGUGGGUAGCUUUUGGCUAAAAUCUCUAGAUUUGAGGACUUCAAGUGUCUAUAUUUUAUGCCCCAAAUCGCGGGCAAAUGCACCAUUAUGCUUGGUUAAUAUUAUGAUUUUUUUCCCCUUUUCCCCAUUUUUUCCCACUUUUUCUGCAUUUUACGGAUAGUUUGGAUUUAUAAUUUUAGGCAUGAUUAAUGUUUAGUUGAGUGGGGUACUUCUUUUCUCAAAGGAGUAGUUGGUAUUAUGACACUAAAUUAAGACGUAUUAAAAAAAAAGGGUCGGGACUUGGGGCCUUCCACUGGUGUAGGCAGUCCGUAGGGUAAUGGUGGUAUAAUUUUCAGACUCUAUCUAUGCCUUAUCAUCAAUUUUGAUCUAAUCAAAAUUUAGUGAAGUGUCAAGAUGUGGAUAUGUUUGAAAAAA